AUGUUUACAGACCAGAACACCUGCAUCUCACCAAUCUGUUUGAAAACUGCCUCCUAUGAAAAGUACAUCAUGGACGAAACUGCGAAUCCCUGCACCAACUUCUACCAGUUUGCCUGCGGGGGCUAUGCUAGUAUUUACACUCCGAACCCUCUUGUGGUAGGUAUUUUAUGUCCUUUCUCCAUUCUCCUGUUCCCGCCACAGAUGCAGGUCCGAGGUCAGCCCAUGCUGAACCAGGUCAUCAAACCGUUUGGAGGCUGGUACGUUCUAGAAGACAACUGGGACGCCUCCACCUUUGACCUGCACAAACAGCUGAAGAUUGUCCAUGUCACCUUCUGGACGCCCGCCUUGUACGCCCUUAGACUUUCCACAGACACCACCGACUGGACCAAGAAAGUUCUAGAGGUACC